ACCUGGCUUGCGCUGGCUUCGCCCAGUGCCGCUUGGACCAUGUUUUCCAUGAUAGUGCUGACAGAGUCUGGACUGGAUCACAUCAAGAAGCACCAGUAUAAAGCCGGAAAGUACACACCGCUGGACAAUUUCUUGAACCCUUACUGGUUGAGCCUCGCCGAGGCCUUGCCUCGGUGGGUGGCACCCAAUUUAGUGACUUUGGUGGGCUUUCUUCCUUUGGUGAUCACCUAUGGCCUGUCUUGCUGGGUCUCUCCCAGUUUCGAGACACCUCCGCCGCGCUGGCUGAUGCUGUGCAUGACUGCUGCCUUAUUUUUCUAUCAGACCUUCGAUGCCAUGGACGGCAAGCAGGCAAGGCGCACUGGGAGCUCGUCGCCAUUGGGGCAACUCUUUGACCAUGGCUGCGACUGUCUAGCGUGCAUUGCGCAGACCGGCGCCGCUGCGGCGUUGCUGCACUUCGGCCCCACCUUCCUGGGACUUUUCGCCAUGUCCAUCCUGUCGUCUGGUUUUUUCUUGGCGCAAUGGGAGGAGUACCACACUGGCACUCUCCCCACCGCCUAUGGAGCUGUUGGUGUGACGGAGACCCAAUAUUUCCUGAUGUCCCAGACCUUGGGGGCUGCAAUCCUGGGACCCCAGGUGGUCUCCUCCAUUCUUUCGAUGCCGCUUCAGCUACCCCUGCUGGGCUUGGCGGAUCUGAGGACUCACUUUAUGAAGUGCUGGCUCGUCUUCAUCGGUUUCUUCAUGUCACUUUGCGUCCUGAAGAACUUGGCCCAUGCUUUCAAGAAAAAGGGCAUGAGCGAAGUCCUCAGUGUUUUGAAGGACCUGCUGCCGGUUCUGCUGCAGAAUCUGCUACUGGGCUCUUGGAGUCCCCAGAUGCUUCGCCUGGCCUCCCGCGAAAUCAGCCUGCUGACCAUGCUGCUAUUGUUUUACUUCUCGGCGCAGAUGAUCCUCUUCUCCAUGGCAAGGAUGCCAUUCCCUGUAGUGCAGAAGUGGCUGGUGCCCUAUGCCAUGCUGCUGGGACUGGGAUGGAUCGCUCCUGAGCUGGCGAAAGCUGCGCUGUUGCUGACACUUCUGGCCUUUGGUGCUUGGCUGCUGUGGUGGCUGGCAUGCGUGCAGGAGCAGCUCAAGAAGAAACUGGAGAUCUAUACCUUCUGCAUCACGCAGAAGUACCAUGCGAAUGGAUCCAACGGCUCCAAAGAGAAGUGAUGCGCCAGCGGUGUUAGGACUUGUCAGACUGCCAACGGAGAAGGUUCAGGUUUCAGGGUUAAUGGGG